AUGGAUUCUCCCCUUUCGGUCUUUUAUUUUUUUAUUGUUUCUCGCUCUCGCUCUUACUCUCUCUCUAUCUCUUUCCCUUUCGCGUCUUUCUUCCUUUGCUCACACCCAAAACUUCAAGCUUCCUCUCUUCCAGGGGCGGAUCCAGCCACGGGCCAGGUAGGGCUCAAGCCCCACCGGGAAAAGGGGAACACUCUUUUCCUCUCUCAAGCGCUGUUCCUUCACUUCUUCUCCUCCUCUCCGUCUCCGAGCUCCAGCCUCCAGUUCUUCCGUUUUUCGGCGGCUUGCGGCUCAGCCCUUGAUCAAUGUUCAAAAUUGAUGGGUUAUUCACUCCAGUCACUCCACCGAAAGAGAGUAGAGAGAGACAUCAACUGCUGAACCAUCAACUGCUGAACCAUCAAUAUUUUAGCAGUAAACUUGCAGAGUAGACAACAGUUUAUUAUCUGCAAUGCCUACAAGGUUGUUGGUUUCCAUUUUAGUUUGUAUCAGUUUGAGGUUUUGUCCAGUGAUCAUGUAUUUGACUGCUUGCAAACCCUUUAAGAAUGACUAUGUUUCCUGCUAUUUGACUGCUAGAACUGUGCAAUUUCUGUUUCUGUUUUCAAUCCAUUUCAGUUUGUAUCAGUUUGUUGGU